ACUACCUGCCCGACUUUAUCCAGAGCGUGCUGUCGUCCACCGACCUGCGCGACGGUCAGGGCUGCACCAUGGUGGUGGGCAGCGACGGCAGGUACUUUAGCAGGACGGCCAUCGAGAUCGUGGUGCAGAUGGCCGCGGCCAACGGGAUUGGACGACUGAUUAUUGGACAGAAUGGCAUGUUGUCAACACCUGCGGUCUCCUGCAUUAUCAGGAAGAUCAAGGCAGCUGGUGGAAUCAUUCUAACAGCCAGCCACUGCCCUGGAGGACCAGGGGGAGAGUUUGGAGUGAAGUUUAAUGUUGCCAAUGGAGGGCAGACUUCUUGGAGGAAGUGAAAUUUGAACUGCGAUGUGAAGAAUGAGCAGGAGUUAGUGAGGUGAAGAAGAGAGAAGGAGUGUUGCAAACACAGCGGGCUGACGCACGAGGCACACAGGAAGGAGGUGGAGCAGGUGUAUCUGCGCUGUGCGGCGGGUGCCGUGGAGUGGAUGUACCCAACAGGUGCUCUCAUCGUUAACCUGCGGCCCAACACCUUCUCGCCUGCCCGGCAGCUGACCGUGUGCAUCAGGCCCUUCACGGACUCCUCGGGGGCCAAUAUUUAUUUGGAAAAAACUGGAGAACUGAGACUGCUGGUACCGGACGGGGACGGCAGGCCCGGCCGGGUGCAGUGUUUUGGCCUGGAGCAGGGCGGCCUGUUCGUGGAGGCCACGCCGCAGCAGGAUAUCAGCCGGAGGACCACAGGCUUCCAGUACGAGCUGAUUAGGAGGCCCAGGGCGUCGGACCUGCACGAGCUGUCUGCGCCGUGCCGUCCCUGCAGUGACACCGAGGUGCUCCUAGCCGUCUGCACCAGCGACUUUGCCGAUCGAGGCUCCAUCCAGCAAGUUACCCACGAGCCUGAGCGGCAGGAGUCGGCCAUCCACCUGCGCGUGAGCAGACUCUAUCGGCAGAAAAGCAGGGUCUUUGAGCCGGUGCCCGAGGGUGACGGCCACUGGCAGGGGCGCGUCAGGACGCUGCUGGAGUGUGGCGUGCGGCCGGGGCAUGGCGACUUCCUCUUCACUGGCCACAUGCACUUCGGGGAGGCGCGGCUCGGCUGUGCCCCACGCUUCAAGGACUUCCAGAGGAUGUACAGGGACGCCCAGGAGAGGGGGCUGAACCCUUGUGAGGUUGGCACGGACUGACCCCGGGGGUCCUUGGGCCGCUGCCCUUCCUCUCCUGAUGAGUCACAGGCUGCGGUGGGCGCUGCGGUCCUGGUGGGGCCGUGCGGUGAGGGCCGCGCGCUGGGAGCCGCAUGCCCUGGGCCCAGGCCUGACCCUGGUACCGAAGCUGUGGACGUUCUCGCCACACUCAACCCCAUGAGCUUCCAGCCAAGGAUGCCCUGGCCGAUUGGAAAUGCUGUAAAAUGCAAACUAAGUUAUUAUAUUUUUUUUUGGUAAAAAAGAAAUGUCCAUAGGAAACAAAUUCCUGUGUCUUAAAACGCCUUGGUGUGCCGUCUGAUACUGUUCUCUAAAGACGUUAGGAGUCACGGCAUCUGGCCUGCGGUUGGGUGAAGCACUGGCCGUUGGGCACAGUGGAUGUGUGAAAAGGUGCCAUUCAGAGUUGUUAUUCUCAUGACGGAAGUUUUGGAGCCAAAUAAUACGUUUUUUAUUUUCAUUUUAUUUUUAAAGAAUGAGCUUUGGUCCUUUUCGGGCCGCUGGUUGUUUCCGUUCCCGAGAAUAAAGACCAGGAUCCGACCA